CGACUCUCCAUAAUUAAGAUUGUAAUUUAUGGGAGCGAAAGUGUCCUAGAUUUUAUUUCAUUUUUGGUUCAAUUUUCAUCACCUCCGUUCCUUUGUCAUCUUCUCCCCGUGCAGUUUCCGUCGAUUCAUGGCGGCGGGGUAGACCACCACCACUACUAUUACCCAGAAGAUGCGCAACUUAAAAACCGUGCGCCUCGCCGAGGUGCAGCUCCAGAACGAGCUUCCUUUGACAGCUACAGCUUGGGAUACAGCUUCAGAUGCCGUCGUUUGUACAUUUGGACCGACCGCAUCCAACCCAGUCAUUGAGCUUCGCAGAAAGCGCCAUGACGCCUACUUUUCAGACCCCGUAGGCGCAGAUGCAUUCGAGUGCAUCGCAUCCUGGGACGCGCCAUGCCCGCUGCCGGACCUAGAAUGCGACCGAGUUCUCUCUCUGCACUACUUCGCAGACAACCUGACUGCGUACCUGGUGCUGGAGGGAGGUGAUAUUGUGCUUGUCCGCGAGGAGCCCCUUCCCGGCGAGGACAAGAUCGAGAUUGUGGGUUCGGUCGAUGUUGGCAUCACGGCUGCUGCGUGGUCUCCGGAUGAGGAGCUGUUGGCUUUGACCACCAGAGCCAAUACGUUCCUUUACAUGACUCGGGAGUUUGAAAAUGUUGCAGAAAUUACUUUCACCCCCGAGGACCUCAAGGCCUCUCAGCAUGUCUCUGUGGGAUGGGGAAAGCGCGAGACCCAGUUCCAAGGGAAGCGGGCAAAGGCCCUUCGCGAUCCUACAGUCCCAGAGAAGGUGGAUGAGGGCAAGUUGAGCAGCAGUGAUGACGGAAAUACGACUAUCAGCUGGCGUGGUGACGGUGCAUAUGUCGCUGUGAACAGCGUCGAGGCCGGCGUCAGACGUGCCGUCAGAGUCUAUUCAAGAGAAGGAACUUUGGACAGCAUCAGCGAGCCUGUUGACGGGCUGGAGGGGGCUCUCAGCUGGAGGCCUUCUGGCAACCUUAUUGCGAGCAUCCAGCGCCUUGAUGAUAAGGUCGAUGUGGUGUUCUUUGAAAGGAACGGCUUGCGCCAUGGAGAAUUCACCCUCCGUCUCACUGAGGAAGAGCAGUCGAGAUUGGGCUCGAACAUCCAACUCAGCUGGAACGUUGACUCGACGGUACUCGCAGUACAAUUCCUGGACAGGGUUCAAUUCUGGACAACGGGAAACUAUCACUACUAUCUUAAGCAGGAAAUCCCAGUGGGAGUGAACGCUGAAUACCCGCACCCUUUCUCUUUCAAGUGGCAUCAGGAGAAGGCGUUGCGAUUCAUUGCCGGCGCUUCGGAAUCGAUGUUGGACGUGGACUUUGUUUUCGAAGUUGCUCAGGGUUCGACUACUAGCCCAGACGAUGUUGGUGCAGUUGCUGUUGUUGAUGGAAAAACCCUGAAGUUGACUCCUUUGAGAUUGGCGGGAGUUCCGCCCCCUAUGGCUCACAACGAGUUGGCUCUAGAUUCAAAUGUGAUUGAUGUGGCAUUCAGCAAGUCGGGAUCGCGUAUUGCGGUGCUCAUGAAGGACUGCUUUUCUGUCUUUGUCUGGUCUCUGAAGACGAGGCCUGUUCCCGUGCCGAUACUUGAGUCGAGUUAUCCGUUGUCGGACGCACCAGACAGCCGGCCUCGACAGAUUGCUUUUGCAAACGAACAUGAAGUCUACAUUCUGAAGCAUAAUGGCCCAAGCAGCACUUGUAUUGAGCGCACCGCCUUGGAGACUCGGACGACGCAGAUCGCCUACCAAGCAGCGGACUCGGAGCAGCUUGGGUCGAUUUUCACGUCCCUCGGACACGAGUCACUAUGGUUUUCUCAUGUCAAACAGCCCAACCAACCAACUUCGUACUCCUAUAUCUCAAUGCCCUCUUCAGAGGAAUUUCAUGUCCAGAGCUGCCUCGAAAGCCCUACUGUCGACACUCACUGGGCGAAGGCCGCUCGGAUCUCCGAGGAUGAGGAUGUUUUGGUAUCCAUGACACGGUCAGGAGCUCUUUAUGCCAACAAGAGGCUUCUCGCGAAGAACUGCACUUCUUUCCUCGUAACUGAGGCCCAUAUCCUGUUUACGACUUCUCUACACCUGAUUAAGUUCGUGCACCUGACUAGAGUAGAAGAUAUGGAUGUGCCUCCGGACACGCCCGAGACCGACGAACGGUGCAGAAGUAUCGAACGCGGCGGACGCCUGGUGACGGUGAUGCCCACGACGUUUUCUGUCAUCCUGCAAAUGCCUCGUGGUAACAUCGAGACCAUCUACCCUAGAGCCCUUGUCUUGGCAGGCAUCAGAUCUUUCAUUGACCGCAAGAACUACCGGGCUGCGUAUUUGAGUUGUCGCAGUCAAAUGGUGGAUAUGAACAUUAUUCAUGACUAUGCUCCAGAGCAAUUCAUGGAGAAUAUCCCACUGUUUGUCGAUCAAUUGAAGAAGGUCGAUUUUAUCGAUGAGUUUAUCUCCCGCCUCAGCGAGGAGGAUGUGUCUCAGACACUCUACAAAGAUACUCUGAAAGUGCCUCAAGCAGGUGCCGCGCAACCUGGACUUGUUCCUGCACCUAACAAGGGCAGCAAGGUCAACCGAAUCUGCGACGCCUUUUUGGCUACCUUUGAAAAGCGCAUGGAUACCAACCUGCACAAUCUGAUCACCGCGCACGUCUGCAAGUCCCCGCCGGAUCUUGAGGCCGGUCUACGGCUGGUUGCACGUCUCAGAGAGCAAACAUCCGAACAGGCGGACGAUGCUAUCGAGCACAUGUGCUUCUUGACAGAUGCAAACCGGCUGUACGAUAACGCGCUGGGUCUCUACGACCUCGAGCUCACCUUGCUCGUGGCCCAGCAAGCCCAAAGAGAUCCUCGCGAAUAUCUUCCUUUCCUACGCAAGCUACAGCAACUGGCAGAGCUCCGCCGGCACUUUGAGAUCGACAACUACCUCGGACGGACAUCAAAGGCCAUCAAGCAUCUCCACGCGCUCAACGCCCAUGACGAGCUGCGGGCAUACGUUAUCAAGCACGUUCUCUACAAAGAUGCCAUUGCUCUCUACAAAUACCAGCCCGAGCAACUACGCGACCUGACGCACCUCCACGCCGACUACCUCUACGACCGGAACCAGUACAAGGACGCAGGAAUCGCCUACGAAUCCCUCGAACUCUACACCGAUGCCUACAAAUCCUACCACCUCGCCCACCUCUGGCGCGAAUCGAUCUACUGCGCCAUGAUGGUGCCCCUCUCCGAGACCGAAUUGGCCGGCCACGCCACCGCGCUCGCCGCAACCCUCACCGAAGAAAACAAGGACUACAUAUCGGCAGCCCAAAUCCACGCCGACCACCUACGCGACAUCCCCGCCGCCGCACGUCUCCUCUGCCGCGGCGCCCGCUUCGCCGACGCAACCCGCCUCCUUGCGCUGAACAACCAAGCCGCCCUGGUCCCGGAGAUCGUCGACUCCGGCCUCGCCGACGCAAUGGGCACCAUGACGGACCUCCUCGCCGACUUCCGCUCGCAACUCAACGCCCAAGUGCCGCGGAUCCGCGAACUGCGCGUCCGUCGCAUCACCGACCCCCUCGCCUACUUCGGCGGCGACCCGACUACCGGCGACGCCGGCGUCGACAUCCCCGAUAACGUGUCCCUCGCGCCCACGGACGCCUCCACCCUCGCCGGCCGCAGUAUGUUUACCAGAUAUACCGGGCAGACCGGGAAGUCGGGGAAGACCUCGUCGUCGCGGCAUACGUCGAAGACGCGGCGCAAGGAAGAGCGCAAGCGUGCCCGCGGUAAGAAGGGGACCGUGUACGAGGAGGAGUAUCUGGUGAAUAGUGUGCGCAGACUGCUGGAGCGGGCGAAUUCGUCCGUCAGCGAGGUCCAGGUUCUCGUGGAUGCGCUGUUGCGUCGUGGAAUGCGGGAGCGGGCGGCGGCGAUCGAGAAGGCGAUGCAGGAGGUCCUGAAGUUGUGUGUUGAGAGCCGGGAGGAGGUGUUUGGGGCUUUGGUGGCUGAGGCUGCCAAGGAGGAGUCGGCCGCCCCGGAUGUUGUCGAUGUUGAGAAUGUGGGGGCCGGUGAGGAGUAUGUUAAGCAAGGGGCGGGUCAGAGUGUCUUCUGGGACAGUGUUACGGCGACGGCGAAUGUUGGGAAGGGACGGGAGGUUCCGGCUGUCAAGGAGAUGAAGGUGUCGGCUCUGCUGAACUGAGUGUUGGGAGGACCGUACAGUACAAGUACAGUACAGGCUUAGGAAAGGGUGGAUGGCGUUGGUAUUUACAGUUUCCCGCGAC